UUCAAAGUAGGUUGGCACCACUGAUCGUCUUCGCGAAAUAUGCACGCAUUGGGACGCCCGGAUUUAGAAUGUUCUUUGAAAAUCUACGUUGAAAUAUAUGUAAAAACUGAAGUGAGUGACAAGUUCCGUGUGUUGCCUAUUUCUAAGUUUAAUUUAGAUUGUGUUUCAUUGUGUGAUAGUGACUGUGUUGGGUGACGAACAAAGUAAAGCGUAGUGCGUCAAACUCGGAAAGUUGAAACAUGGUGCCGCUAGGUCCCGGCCCAGGCCAUCCUGCUGCACACCAAACACACGGUGGACCUUCGGCCAAUCUUUCCGGGCCAAAUUCGUUAUCACAAUCUGCACCACAAUCAAACAAGUCUUCAGUGGCGAAGCCGAACUACACGCUCAAAUUCACACUCGCGGGUCAUACAAAAGCUGUGUCUUCAGUUAAAUUCAGUCCAAAUGGAGAAUGGUUGGCAAGUUCCUCUGCUGACAAACUUAUCAAAGUAUGGGGUGCUUACGAUGGAAAAUUCGAGAAAACAAUAUCGGGACACAAAAUGGGUAUUAGUGAUGUGGCUUGGUCCUCAGAUAGCAGGUUGAUAGUCAGUGCCAGUGAUGACAAAACCUUAAAGGUAUGGGAACUGAGUUCGGGCAAAUGUUUGAAGACACUAAAGGGACACAGCAACUACGUAUUUUGCUGUAAUUUUAAUCCACAAAGCAAUCUUAUCGUAUCAGGAAGUUUUGACGAGAGUGUACGGAUAUGGGAUGUGAGAACAGGAAAAUGUUUAAAAACACUACCAGCGCAUUCAGAUCCAGUAUCAGCAGUGCAUUUUAACAGAGAUGGCAGCCUUAUCGUAUCGUCCAGUUAUGAUGGAUUAUGUCGAAUCUGGGAUACAGCAUCAGGCCAAUGUCUAAAGACAUUGAUAGACGACGACAAUCCGCCGGUUUCGUUUGUGAAGUUCUCUCCAAACGGCAAAUAUAUUCUGGCGGCGACACUAGACAACACACUCAAAUUAUGGGACUACAGCCGGGGCAAGUGCCUCAAGACUUACACAGGACAUAAAAACGAAAAAUAUUGCAUUUUUGCCAACUUCAGUGUCACUGGAGGAAAGUGGAUAGUGUCAGGCUCAGAAGACAACUUGGUGUACAUCUGGAACUUGCAAUCAAAAGAGAUCGUGCAGCGGCUGUCGGGGCACACGGACACUGUGCUCUGUACGGCGUGUCACCCCACCGAGAACAUCAUUGCGUCGGCAGCCCUCGAGAACGACAAGACUAUCAAGCUUUGGAAGAGCGAUACUUAAAAGUAGAUUUUACUUGUAACCAGACAGUGAUCUGUACAUCGUGGCUUCAUAUUGAAAGCCGGCGCCCCUGGCUUGUGAAUAUAUUUUAUAUACUAGAUACUAGUCGAAGUAUCCCGGACGAUGGACGCUGAAAUUAUGAGUGCGUUGUUUUAAUUCAAUAAGUUUAGUGUAUCACAUGGUAUGAGUGGAUUUUCUGUUGAUAUAAGAUAUAAAUAUUUUUGUAUCUGACAUACAAAUGAGAAAGGUUCGAGUUUUAGCGAUUAUGUUUAGUUAAGAUUGAUUUAAAAGAUUCGCUUAAGAGUACUUGUUGGAUAUAAUUAAAGAUUCUGUAGUUGUA